AGCGGCGGGGCCCGGGCAGCCCGGGGCAGCGGCCGCCGCCAUGAAGAAGCAGUUCAACCGCAUGAAGCAGCUGGCCAACCAGACCGUGGGCAGGGCUGAGAGAACAGAGGUACUCAGUGAAGACCUGUUGCAGAUCGAGAGGCGCCUGGACGCUGUGAGGUCCGUGUGCCACCUGGCCCAGAAGAGGCUGAUUGCCUGUCUGCAGGGCCAGCAUGGCACUGACCCCGACAAGAGACACAAAAAACUUCCUCUAACAGCUCUGGCUCAGAACAUGCAGGAAGGAUCCAUCCAGCUGAGUGAUGAAACUCUGCUGGGGAAAAUGCUGGAUACCUGUGGGGAUGCAGAGAACAAACUGGCAAUGGAGCUCUCCCAGCAUGAAGUACAGAUUGAGAGAGAAGUUAUAGACCCCCUGUGCCUGCUGACAGAGACAGAGAUCCCAAACAUUCAGAAGCAGAGGAAGCAGCUUGCAAAGCUGGUGCUGGACUGGGAUUCUGCCAGGGGAAGAUACAACCAAGCCCACAAGACUUCAGGAACCAAUUUCCAAGUGCAUCCUUCAAAAAUAGAGUCUCUUAAGGAAGAGAUGGAUGAAGCUGGAAAUAAAGUAGAGCAGUGCAAGGACCAGCUGGCUGCAGACAUGUACAGCUUCGUGUCCAAGGAGGGCGAGUACGCGCGCUGCUUUGUGACGUUAUUAGAAGCACAAGCAGAUUACCAUAGAAAAGCAUUAGCAGUCAUAGAAAAGGUCCUACCCGAAAUUCAAGCCCAUCAAGACAAAUGGACUGAAAAGCCAGCUUUUGGAACUCCCCUGGAAGAGCAUCUCAAGCGCAGCGGGCGGGAAAUCGCAGUUCCCAUCGAAGCCUGUGUCAUGAUGCUGCUGGAAACAGGGAUGAGAGAGGAGGGCUUGUUCAGAAUUGCUGCUGGAGCCUCCAAGUUAAAAAAGCUGAAAGCUGCCCUGGACUGUUCCACUUCCCAGCUGGAUGAGUUUUACUCAGAUCCCCACGCUGUUGCAGGUGCCUUGAAAUCCUAUUUGCGGGAGCUGCCAGAGCCUCUCAUGACCUACAGCCUGUACGAGGAGUGGACACAAGCUGCAAAUAUUCAGGACCAGGAUAAGAAGCUGCAGGAGUUGUGGAGGAUUUGUAACAGAUUACCUGAGCAUUACCGUGUUAACUUCAGGUAUUUAAUCAAAUUUUUAGCCAAGCUUGCCCAGAACAGUGACGUUAACAAAAUGACACCGAGCAACAUCGCCAUAGUCUUGGGCCCCAACUUGUUGUGGGCAAAGAAUGAAGGCUCCCUUGCUGAAAUGGCAGCAGCCACCUCGGUGCACGUGGUAGCAGUCAUUGAGCCCAUCAUUCAGCACGCAGACUGGUUCUUCCCUGGAGAUGAAGAUUUCAACGUGUCUGGGGCGUUUGUGGCAGUUCCUGCUGUAAAUUCCAAUCACUUGUCACACACUGGGAAUGACUAUGAAUGUGGGACCUUGGAGAGGAAGAGGCCUCUGAGCAUGACUGUGAUGGAAGGGGAUUUGCUGAAGAAGGACAGCUUUGGUGUGAAGGUGCUGGAGCUGCCCGCGACCCCGCGGCGCUGUGGCACUGUAAGCAGAAAGCUCACAUCGCCCGCCUUCCAGCCGCCGCUGCCGCCCUGCGAGCCCGCGGGGGCCGAGCAGCCCUGCCCGCCCGCCGGGGCUGAGCCCGGCCCCGGGGCUGGCCCCGCGCCCUCUGCUGCCCCAGCAGAGCAGCCCCAGCCUCCAGGCUCUGAGGAUGCCAGCACCUCAAAAUCCAAGGAGAGCACGAGUGCAGCCACUCCUCCCCCGGUGAGGAACGGUGCCCAGGCAGUGCCCAGCAGCUCCCAGCUCUCUGUCAGCCAGCCCCAGAGCAAUGCUGGGCCCAGUCCCCACGCCCUGAGGAGAGGUGUGUGUUCCUUUGCUUUCCAUCCACGUGUUCCAAGCCUUGAUGUACUGCAGAAAUGCUGCUGAAAUGACUUCAGCAGC